AUGCGCGAUCAGUGUCUGUGUCGCGUCUCAAAUUUCGCGCUCAAUUUCACGUCAAAUUCUACUUCACAAAAAAAUAUUAUGCCUCCAACAAACCCGCAAAAAGAAACUAGUAAUAAUCAAGCAGCUCGAGAAUUAGGUCUUAGUGCUUCUCAGAUAUCCUCAAAGCUGCAAAAUCAAGCACCCAAAAAUUGGUGCUGGUGA